AACAACAAAAUUUUGGUGCAAUUAAUUCUUUCUUUCUAAAAUUGCACUCAUUAAAUCUUAUAACUAAUUUCUUGUAUAUCAAGGUAACUAAAAGUCACUAUCUUUUAUAAAAACAAAAUGAUAUCUUAUAUACUUUUUUGAAAUAAAAUUUUCCUUUAAUAUAAUAAUUUCGUUGGUUAUUGAAGUCACCGAAACAGAAUAUAUAAUCUUUGUGUAUUCUUAUGACCUAAAGAGUCUCUACAAUGCCUUCAUCGAAAUUUACUUUAAUAGUAUUAUUAAUAAUUAAUUAUUCACAAAGUCUAAAGCUAUACCUUGUAUGUAAAAUAUAUUGUUUUUUAUAAAAUAAUUAUAUAAAUAAUACAAUUUCUAAAUAUCUCACGAAAACGAGCUUUUUAAAUACCCUUUACUUUUAUUACUAACUUUUCAAACAGUUCCAAAAUGAAUAAUAAGCAAGUAAAAAGCAUGAAAAUCGUUACCAAGCAACAACAACAAAUUUUAUUGAUUAGUCCUCAUUUAUUGAGUAGUAAAUCCUGUUCGCUGUUAAAAUUGCAAAGGAUAUUUUGUUAUUACAAUGGCUGAUGAAGAGCUCGGUGAACAAGCUGGUGAAGAAGGAAUUUUUGAAGAGGCAGCACCUGAAGUGGGUGAAGAAGAAUCCGUUGAAGCGGAGUCGGUUCUAACCGAAUAUGAUCCAGAUGAUUUUCUGUCUGGUGCAGUAAAUACUUUAGAUUCUACUAUACCUCUGGAUUUGUUUGAAUUCGAAUAUUCAUAUGGAUACAAUUGUCAGAAGUAUUUCAAUCUAUGCGCAUGCGACGAUUCUGUUGUUUGCUGGGCAGCGGGAAGUAUAAUCACUUUUAUGGAUGUUAACACUAAACAAAUUUGGUUUCGAAGAUCUACAACAGGAGGUUCCGUGGGAGCCCUCACGUCUUACAGGAAGGACCCUAAUUAUCGUAUAGCCGUAGCUGAGGGCAGAGAAGGUGAUAAUGAUCCAAUAAUUCUACUUUACAUCUGGCCACAAAUGGACAUUGAUGCUGUACUGCGAGACGGCACAGCCAAUGCUUAUUCGAUUUUGGACUUCAGUCCAGAUGGCGAACUCUUAGCUUCGGUAGGUAAGGCCCCAGACUACAAUUUGACAAUUUGGAACUGGAAGAAACACAGGAUUCUUUUACGUGCAAGCGCCUUUACGUUCGAUGUAAAUACUGUAAUGUUUUCGCCGUACUGUCCGGGGCAACUAACUACAGCAGGAGCGGCGCAUAUAAAGAACUGGAAAAUGGCAGAAACAUUUACUGGACUAAAGUUAAAAGGCGAACUGGGAAGAUUCGGCAAAACAGAGAUUUGUGAUGUUCUUGGAGUAUAUCCUAUGCCAGACGAAAAAGUUCUAUCUGGAUGCGAAUGGGGUAAUAUUUUAGUAUGGGAAGCUGGUCUGGUUAAGUUGGAAGUUACACAACGCAGCAGAAAAACUUGCCACAAAGCACCAGUGGUGCAAUUCAUGCUUAGUCCAGCUGGUGAUGAAGUUACAACUAUAAGUCAAGACGGUUACGUUCGUGCCUGGUAUUGGGAUACAGUGGAACAAGCUGAUCCCCCAGAAGAAGACCCCACUGUGGAACUUAAUCCAGUUGCAGAGACCUAUGUUCCUGGGUGUAAAAUAAUGUGUUUGAAACAUCAGAAAGACAUGUAUUUUUAUGCUCAAGACGGCAACGGCGGUAUUUGGACAACCGAUUUAGAAAUAGACAAGCUCGAAUGUAAUCACCGCAAGAUUAUGACUUUUCAUGCAAGUGGGAUAGUAGCCAUGGCUGCAUUACGUUCUUACCCUAUCCUUAUAACUGCGGGGGAAGAUGGAGCUCUUCAUGCAUAUAAUUCAGAGACGCAUGAUAUUUUGGCAAAAUACCAAUUCCAAACUGCUAUAACCUGUAUGCUAUAUCCACCAUUAGAUGUCGACCCAACUUCUCGUAUUCUACUAGUGGGAUUUGCAGAUGGCAUUAUGCGAACAAUCCUAGUCCACCCUGAACGUCUCCAGGCUCAAUCGACUUUAAUUGAAGUUCGAGUACAUUCCGCUCUAACAAUCCACAGCGAUGAUUCAAUUAAUGCUGAUGUUAUAGAUCUUAUAUCGCUGCUGAAGCCCCAUUCCAAGGCGAUAACUCAAAUAACAAUAAAUGACCCAAGAACCCUAUUAGUAACUUGUGCAGAAGACUGCACUUUAUUUAUGUAUAGUUUGAAAAUGGGAACUCCAUUCACUCUUAAGAGGUUAGGUUUUAUAGAAACACCUAACAACGUCGCUUUUAUGGCUUGGAAACCAAAGGAAGAAAGGACAAUACUGCUUUGUGGCCAAGCUGGUGUGAUUACUGAAGCAGUACUUCCGAAAAUUCCUGACAGACUAUAUACCGAAAUCACUACUUUCAAGCAAGAAUUUGUUUCUCAUCAAGACAUUCUAGUCAAAAAAUAUUACAUGCAGCACAGACCAUUUCCCAGAGAAGAAGACUUGGCUAGUAUAGACGAAGAAGCUCUUAAGAGACAGGAGGAAGCAGAAAAUGAAAAAGAUGAUGAAGAAGAAGAAUGGAUAGGAGAAAUUCAAUUAAUUGAGAGUGACACCAUGUCGGGAACUACGAUAACUUGGGCCAAAUAUUGUGAAGAAGGCAUUUGGAUUGUGCAAGAAGGGACUGGAGCUUUGUUGUUAGUUAAACCAGGGCACAAUAAGAUCCUUAAAUAUGGCCCGUUUCCAGGAGCUUGGUGUGAUAAUAUAACAACAUUACAGUUUGUAUGUGACGAUCGCUAUUUAGUUAUUGGAACAAAUUCAGGAUACAUUCGUGUUGUGCGUAUGCCCACAGAAGAAGAGGAUUCUCCGGAACGUCAUCGCAUGGUUUGGCUCUUAGCACAACAAAAGUUGCUGAAGAAACUUAAGGGACGACGCUUAGCUAAGGAAGAGACCCAACCUACUCCUCGAAUAGAUUUUGAAGACAACUAUUAUUUGCCUAUGCAUGAUUUUUAUACAGGCGCUAUAACUUGUUUUGAGUUCAGCAGUGACGGAAGAUAUUUUUACACUGGUGGAACAGAUGGCAACAUAUUUUCAUAUAAAAUUUCAUUCACGGAACCUCUGCUGCCAGUGUCUGAAGCGCCGGAAAUAGAGGAAAUGCCUAAAGUGGAAAAAAUUCGAGAACCGAGUACUCUUGACGGGGAAUUAAUGUCACAUGAACAACUAAAACAAAAAGAGGAAUAUGAUAAAAUGAUAUCUACAGCAAAUGCCCAUAAAAAACGAGUUCGUGACCAACUAUCCGAACUGGGUAUAGAAUACAACAAAUUGAUUAAAGCCAAUCGAGCACUGCCAUAUUCUCAACAAAUCGAUGUUGUUCUGGACCCACGACCUUUGGUUGUACAAGAAAAGGAACUAGAUGAUUUAAAAGCCUUAACUCGCCGCAAACUCGCUCAUCAACUUGAAGCCUCCGACCUGGGCUUACAGAAGAUGUAUUCAAGGAAUAUUAUACAGCUAGAUGUGUAUCCAUUUACUUUAAAAGCGAUACGGGAUCCGGAAAUAAAGAUAAGACCGUUGCGACAAAAAAACCUUUCCAAGGCCUUCUACGAUCAGCUUCAAGAAGUGCACCAAAAAAUGGCCGAGGCUUCAUUGCGUGGAAGACGUGCGGAAGCAUCUACAGCAAGAGCAGCGGCUAAGAGAGCGUCAUGGGGUCCACCUAGAAUCGCGUCUUUUCUACUGGGACUUCCGCCUAAACCACCACACCCCCUUAAAAAAGCUCUACGCAACUAUCACCAAAGACUGAAUCGGCAUCACAUUCAAUUUAUAGAAUGGCAAGAUCAUCUAUCUCAUAAACCGGACCCGCAUGCAUUGCCGCCUGGUGCAGGUGAAGCGCUCAAACAAGCAGAAGAGACCAUUGGCAAUCGCGUACUCAAGACACAAGGGGACUAUGUUGCACCGCAGGGACAUAAUACUCAGUUGCGAAUAUGUCUUGCCAGGAAAGAGAUCUACGAUAAUAAACGUGAGUUUAAUGAAAAAGUGUUGGAAUUACGUGAGCAAAAGGUUUGGCUAGUUUCAAAAAUGCAAGAUAUAGGUAGACGUUUAGCUGAAAUCCGAAUUGAAAUUCCAAACAAAUUAGCAAAAGCACCUCCUCCAGUGCCCGUGAUUGAUGAAGACUUGGAAUUUCCAGAAAAAAAAUUAGAAAUAAAGCCAGAAAUAAUAGAACCGACGGGUAGAAGGGCUACCAGUGCAAGAAAAACAAUUGAACGCAGAAAGUCAUUUUUAUAUCCGCAACCACGAAUACGACAGCCCAGAGUUAACCGAUUCGUUCCAAUUACGGAAUCGCGACCACUUAUUGCGUCUUGGGAGCUUUUGAAACCAAAACCUGAUCAAGAAUCUACGGCUAUUGAAAUUGAAAUUCGUGAGAGACGAAUUGAAAGGCAUCUUUAUGAGCAAGACAUGUUGCUUGUUGAUGCCGAGGUUUUAGUCCAGAAAUUUGACUCACGACUUCGUCAGCUUCAAAGAGAACGCAUUCGUGUACAGGAGAAAAAUCAGUUGCUUGAACUACAUCUGUAUCAGUUACAUAGAGAAAUGACUGUGCUUAAUCGUUUCGAAGCUCAUGAAGACAGACUCGCUGAGAGAGUUUAUGCUAAGCUUAUGCAGGUUCGUGGUGUUAAUGAUCAGAUACAAGAUUGUGAACAACGCAUUGAAGAACAUAAGCAAGAAAAGGAGAGUCUUGAUCUUGCUUGUCAAGACUUACAGCGUCAAUUCAAAAAACUUGUUCAAGAUAAUAAAUUUGCUGAUUUCUUACGCAGAAUAUUUAAGAAGAAAUACCGUCCACCUCGCGAGCGCAACGAAGACGAAUCAUCGGAAUCGGAAUCUAGUUCCUCUUCGAGCGAGGAAGAAGAUGAGGGUAGCUUGGACAGCAGGGAUAUUGGUCCCAUACGACUCGAUCCCAAUAUUUGUCCUGAGGGAUGUGAUGUUGACAUUUACAAUAAAACAUAUGACCUUAGAAAUACAAGACAUAAAUUUGAACAAGAAAUGAUUGAAAAGGACCAUUUAGUUGACUUGUUACGUAAAGACAUUGAUGCCCAUAAUAAGAUAAAAAGAAAGUUUUCGGUACAACUGGAAAAGCGGAAAAUGGAACUAAGGGAAUUUAUGAUGGAAAAACAAAACUGCAUGAAUGAAGUAGACCAAGUCGUGAUACUGCGUUACGACCAAAUCCGAGCAUCUGCAAUCAAAGACUGCACAGGACCAGGCGGGUUGUCCCACACUGUGGUGUUCCCAGAAAAAAUGCUGUCUAAACUUAGAAAUAGAGUUUUGGAAUUGCAGGAUGAGAUAAAACAGCAGAAGCAACGUCAGAAAAUAAACCGAACCCAUCUGUUCCGUAUGAAUGUAGAUUUACGCGCUAUGGAAAACAGAGCAGCAGAGUUGAAGGCCCAAAUGAGGGAUGUUUUAACGCGGAAACUCGGCAAGCCCCGGAAAGUGGACAAGACACUUGAUGAACUGCUACGCCAGCUGGCACGGAGGCACAAAUUCUCUGCAGCAUUAUCAGCUAUACCCCAUUUACUAAAUCAGCUUAAUAAGUGGAGGAAGCGUCACAGCGAACUUGAACAAAAAUAUUUAACCACUAUAAACCGUUACUCUGACCGUCUCCGCUUAGCGGCAGCACUCCAGGCCGACAUUUAUCCUCAAAAGCCCCACAAAGAUCCGACAGUAAUGCCCGGCGCUUACGAACCGGCGCAAUACCACCGCGAUGUUAUCCGUCUGCGUAUUAUAAGCGCUCAGCAACAGGAGCAAAUUAAGGUUUUGGAGGAAGAGAUUCACAAUUUGCGUCUGAAGCCGCUGUCUCAAAUCGUGGCUCCGUCGGAAUGGUCACCAUCGGAAUCUGAUCGGUCUCAGAUAUAUCUGCAGAUGGUGCCGCCUACAGCACGACCGCCAACGACCAAAUAUUUCCCAAUAACGCCUCUUGGCUCUCGAGCAAAAUUGGUGUACGAAGUGAACUUGAUGAAGUUACUAUACGAUUGCCUGGACAUGAUGCGAGUAUCCCGGGAUGAUGCGGAGGAUUUACUCCGAGAGCUUACCACAGAACUACGAAAAGUCUUGUCUGGUUCAAAAACACGAUUUGACGUCGUCGAUACAUUGGUACGUAAGUGGCUCCUGAAGUAUGGCGGUGAUCCUAGCCUUUACAAAAAACAGACGCGAGCUUUUGACGCUCUUGCAACAUUGGCCGACCGGCUUCUUAGCCAGCAUGUAGAAGCAAUGGAAGGAAUGACUCCGAAAACUCACGAAGUUAUGAAGUCACUAGAGGUAGCGUUAGAUAGCGUCUCUGAUAAAAAACAAAAACUCGAAGAGCGACUUGGACCAGCCCUUGCUACAAUUUUGCAUACAACAUCGAUAGAGCAUAUGGAUAACGAGGAAACAUUGACAAUGGCGAUGACAUCCCUCGUGAAUGCCUUAACUGACGAUGAUAAUCCGCUUAGCGCAGAAUCUAUAGACGCAAUUGAAGUGUCUGACAUCGUUCAAGAUAUCAAAGAUUGUGGUAUAUUUGCACCUACAAAACAAUUACAAAACUUGGUCAAAAUCGCCAUAAAUAGUCUACGAGCACAAAUUAUUACUCCUGAAGAAAGACAACAGCUGGAUAAAGAUGUUGAACAGGCUAUGACGGAAUCGAAAAUGAGUUUUCCUGAUUCUUCUAGAACGGAAAAGUAGCAUUUGAAACUUUAGAAGACGAAACAGUUUUAUAUAGUUAUUAUAUCAAUACUAGUAUAGUACCUAAUUAUUCAAUUAAUAAAAGUUUACG